GCGCCACUUCUCUUUCUGCUCGUUGACUUCCGCCGGCGAUGAGUCGCUCUCCAAUAUUCUUCUUCCUUCUCGCUGCUUCGCUUGCGUGGUUUUCAAUGAAGCAUUCCGUGAAUCGACCUCCGACUCCAGAUGCCGGAGAAGAUCAAGAAAAAGAGCCGACCUUUCGAGAAAUUAUUAACAUCAAGUUAAUUGAGAGUGGGGAAAAAGAGAGGUUAAUGGAGCUUUUGAGGGAAAGGCUUAUAGAAUGUGGGUGGAAGGAUGAAAUGAAAGCUCAUUGCAGGACAUUGAUAAAGAAGAAAGGAAGAAAUAAUGUCACUUUGGAUGAGCUUGUGCAUUUUAUUACGCCCAAGGGCCGAGCCUCCAUUCCUGAUUCCAUAAAGGCUGAGCUGUUGCAAAGAAUUCGUUCUUUUCUGGUCUCUGCUGCUCAGUGACACACCGGCUUGUUUUCAUUUAUAUGAAGUUGUAGAACGUUUAAACAGCUGCUAGGGAGUCAAGUUUAAGGUUUGAAAGGUGUAUAGACAGAUAUAAUUUACUUGUAAUAAUAGCAUAUAAAUUAUAAUCAAACCAAUGUAAUGGAUGUUUGUGGCUGCAAGCUGAGAACAGUUUCAUCAUUUCAUUUCUGUUGCAUAGAGAAUCAGGAGAAUUAGAUUGGUGCUUAGACUCAUAAUUUCAGAGGUGCUGUCUAUUCUGGUCUCUGUUUGGUGUCCCCUUGUUACCUUUUGCUGCAUUGUUUAAUAUGAAACCUUAGGGUUGGUGUACCGUGCCUGUGCAUUAACUAUCAAAUGAAUUUUUUCAAUUCAA